AGUAGCGGCCGGAAUACCAUGGCUCCGUCUCAUCUUCUGAGCUCGGAGGAGUGCCAGAGAGUCGUAAAGAGCUGGCUGGCCGACGAUCAUUUCGAAAUUGUGGACGUGCAUGUCCGGCCCUUGAGUGACGAGGUCAGUGGUUUCCUGGGAUCGCACCUCAAAGUCAGCAUUAAAGUGAGGCUCGGCAAGGAACAGAAAGUCAAACAGUUGGAGUUUUUCGCCAAAAGUAUGCCGUCAGAGGCUUCUUCGUUCCACACGGACUUCAUCAACUCCAUACACUGUUUCGAGAAGGAGACCGCUUUCUACGACAUUGUGGCCCCACGGCUGAUAGAGGCACAGCCAGCAGACUCGCUCGCGUGGGCGCCGCGGUGCCUGCUGACGCGGCCCGACCUGGUGCUGCUCGAGGACCUGUCGGCCCAGGCGUUCCAGGUGCUGGACAGCCGCGCGCCGCUGGAUCUGGAACACUGCCGCCUCACGCUGCGCACACUCGCCGCCUUCCACGCCGCCUCCAUCCUGCUGGAACGCCGGGCUGGAGCACCUCUAGACACGCUCUUCCCAGAGAUAUGUAAGGAGAAUCUUCUCACUGGCAAAGAGGAGAACUUGGCCACCGGCUGGUUCCGCACUAGCGUGAAAGGAAUCUGCAGCUUAGCUGAGUUGAUACGACCGGGCGCAGACAAGGCACGAAUUGAGGGCACGUGCUGGCAGCUGCUGGAUGCUAUUCAACCAUCCACGAAGUACCGGAACGUUUUGACGGAGGGCGACGUCUGGGUGAAGAACCUCAUGUUUCGCUACGACGGUGAGGGGAGGCCGUCAGAGGUGCGGUUGAUCGACUUCCAGCUCGUCAGAUACGUUCCUCCAGCCUAUGAGAUCGGGUUUUUCCUGCACCUGUCCACUUCCCGUGAGCUGCGCUCCGCCCACCUGGAGGAGCUGCUGCGCGAGUACCACAGCGCUCUGACGUCACGGCUGGCGGCCGGCGGGGUGGAGGCGGAGCGCGAGCUGCCGUGGACACAGCUGGUGAGCAGCUACCGGCAGCUGCGCCUCGGCGGGGUCGUCAUGGCGCCCGCUCACCACCAACUCACCGCCAUGACCGGCGACGUCGCCCGGAAGUACGUGUCGGCGGACGACUUCCAGCGCUUCAUGGUCCGCGACCGCGACCAGGAGUUGCGCCACGUCUUCCUUUCUGAUCCUGUCUACAGGAAAAUCAUGACGGAAGAUAUUGAAGAGCUUCUGGACUGGAAAUAACCGACGCCACGAUAUACUAUUACCUACAUGAAAGCUAGCGACCGUCGUCCGUUUCCAAAAGAUUUCUCUGCGCAUAAGAGCUUGUAACACAGACCAUUGUUUCGGAAGAUGUUACAAGUGCUCUUGAUCACCGUGUUGUCACUAUUUAAGGCUUUACGUCUCGUAGUCGACGAGGUCAAUGGAAAAGGACAGGCACGCACUGGGAAAAGACGGGGAAGAAUCUUCUGUUUCCUUUUCAAGGGAGUGAUACUGGCUAUUUCUAUCUGAGAUUUGGGAAAAAAACGAAAAAUACAAAUUUCAACAGCUUUACUGUCGAACAAUGUUUCCGUGUCAUGCACGGAAGUGCUAUAAGGUGUGUCCUUCCUUAGCUCUUCUUUAGUAUUAACUAUAAAGCUUGUUUCAAAUAAUACUGGCCGUGCGGUUCUAGGCGCUAUAGUCUGGAACCGAGCGACCACUACAACCGCAGGUUCGAAUUCUGCCUCGGGCAUGGAUGUGUGUGAUGUUUUUAGGUUAGUUAGGUUUACGUAGCUCUAAGUUCUAGGCGACUUAUGACCUCAGAAGUUAAGUCUCAUAGUGCUCAGAGGUAUUUGAACCAAGCCAUUUUCAGAUAAUACUCACAAAUUGUUGUUGCUUUCAACCGACUACUCAUUAUCAGUGACCCGAUAUUACUCCUUAACCGAGGCCAGCGUCAAGGCUUGCUCCCACUAGAAUCACUGAAAUUUUUCUGUUCCGGUGACAUUUACAUAAAACGUUAGACGCAGCAUUACUCUUUAUUGUUACGAUGUUGGCAGUUUUCCUACCUUAACCGCAUUCUUAUGCAAGCUGCAUGAAUAUUGUCAACUCAGUAGUGGCGGUGGAUGUUACUUACUGCAGACGUGUUACUGAGCUUCAUCGGGAAAGAAAAACUGUGUACUCCGCACACAUAUGCAGGAAAUACAAGCCGUGGUAUUCUGAGUAGCGUAAGAAACGUAUACAGGUAGUUGUAAUUUGCAAAGCGGCAACCUUUAAUUGAAAGCAUUGGGUAAGUGUAUGAUUUGUAGCGUCCGUAGUCGGCCAAAGUGGCCGAGUGGUUCUAGGCGCUUCAGCCCGGAACCACGCUGCUACUACUGUCAGGUUCUAAUCCUGCCUCGGGCAUCGAUGUAUGAGAAGUCCUUAGGUUAGUUAGGUUUAAGUAGUUCUAAGUCUACGGGACUGAUGACCUCAGAUAUUGAGUCCCAUAGUGCUCAGACCAUUUUAACCAUUUUGCAGCGUCCGUCUAGCUUCCUGUACACCGUACGUCGUACACAGUAUUUUUCUGCAGAGUGCUGUCACACGUCACUCGAAAACUGCUAAUGCAUUGUAGCUGAGGUAAUCGACUUCGGUGGAAGUUGUCACGGCAUAAUGACAAAUGGCAAGGAAAUAAAAUACCAAUGCUCAUAGUUUCAUUUGUUUUGCUACGUCGUUGGUGUACAACGACGAGGAAGCCACCUUGUAAUAGCUCUUAUUUAUGUCACCAUAUAUGAGUUGAAAUGACAUUUGCUUAAUAGUAAUUAUCACAGACAUAAUGAAGGCUACUUGUAGUAGUGUCUUAUCACCUUUUAACAUAUAGAGGUGGAUUUUAUAAAACUUUUCUCGAUAU